CUGUUGGUGUCAGGUCUGAUGCUGCAGGCGGCUGCUUGCUUCCUGUAUUAGCUACAGUUAUUCUCGCCGCUUGAGAACCCUACACCCCGAACUGUAUCACGGACGGAUUUACUUUUCGGACACCGCCGUCUUGCUGAGGAAAACGAGCCGAGUCGGUGUCCCGGUGUUGCUGCCGGUAAAACGUGGCGGGCGGCCCCGUGUCUUCUGAGAGGCGGCUCUACGUUCGGACUUAGAGGCGCAGGGCACGAUUUUGCAGGAGGUAGCGCUAGCUAGUAGCAGCUAGGUGGCUAAUGCAGCGGGUAGAUAACCAAGAAGAAGCCGAGUAACAGAAUGUGUGUACACCGAAUGCUAUAGAUGCACCAGAUAAGCUGUCUGACUUUUAAAGGGCACAUUGGGGUGAUAGUGAAUCUGGUAAAACCUAACUGACAUGCUUCCUAAAGUACACUAACUUAGCUAACGUUAGAUAGCCAAGUUGCUGGACCUGAUCCUGUUGCUGUUUAAGACUGACUUUCAGACGAGGGAAAGGUUAGAGUAGCACAGUUUCCUGUAGUUGGGUACUUUUUUCCUCCCCUUCCCUCCUUUUUUUUUUUUUCUUUUUUCUUUUUUCUUUUUCCCUUUUUUGGACGAAGUCGAUUCGGGUCGUUGUUGAAAUGGGCCCCAAAAGAAAACCCGGUCCCCUUAACAUUACGCCCAUUGGAGAAGGACAGGCCACCUCAAACACCAUUGAUGCUGCAUCUGAAGCCAACCUAGAGGCCUUACAGAAGAAGCUGGGCGAGCUGGACCUGGAUGAACAACAGAGGAAGCGGCUGGAAGCCUUUCUCACCCAGAAAGCUCAGGUUGGGGAGCUGAAAGAUGAAGAUUUUGAACCCAUAUGUGAGCUGGGUGCAGGAAAUGGAGGGGUGGUCAACAAGGUCCGCCACAAACCCUCAGGCUUGGUCAUGGCUCGGAAGUUGAUCCACUUAGAAAUCAAACCUGCCAUCAGGAACCAGAUUAUCAGAGAGCUGCAGGUCCUGCAUGAGUGCAACUCACCCUAUAUUGUGGGCUUCUAUGGGGCUUUCUACAGCGAUGGAGAGAUCAGCAUCUGUAUGGAGCACAUGGAUGGCGGAUCCUUGGACCAGGUUCUUAAGGAAGCCAGAAGAAUCCCAGAAGAAAUCCUUGGAAAAGUUAGCAUAGCUGUGUUGAGAGGAUUAGCCUAUCUGCGAGAGAAGCACCAAAUCAUGCACAGAGACGUCAAGCCCUCCAACAUACUGGUCAACUCUCGUGGGGAGAUCAAGCUGUGUGACUUCGGUGUUAGCGGCCAGCUCAUAGAUUCCAUGGCCAACUCCUUUGUUGGAACGCGCUCCUACAUGUCGCCGGAGAGACUGCAGGGCACUCAUUACUCGGUUCAGUCUGACGUGUGGAGCAUGGGUCUGUCUCUGGUAGAGCUGGCGAUUGGCCGCUACCCCAUCCCCCCACCAGACGCCAGAGAGCUGGAGGCCAUCUUCGGACGGGCCGUUGUGGAUGGAGCUGAGGGAGAGCCUCACAUCAACAUGCAGAGGCCUAGACCACCCGGCAGGCCCAUCAGUGGAUCUGGGAUGGACAGUAGACCUGCCAUGGCCAUCUUUGAACUUUUGGACUACAUUGUCAAUGAGCCACCCCCCAAAUUGCCACUCGGUGUCUUUACCAGUGACUUCCAGGACUUUGUUACAAAAUGUUUGAUUAAAAACCCGGCUGAGAGAGCAGAUCUGAAGAUGCUAAUGAGUCACACGUUCAUCAAGCGAUCAGAAGUGGAGGAAGUGGACUUUGCCGGCUGGUUGUGCAAAACCAUGGGCCUCAACCAGCCCAGUACUCCCACCCGCGGCACUGAGUGACCAGGCUGCCACACUGCCCUGCCACGUCUCUGGGUCUCUGUGCAUACACAUACAUGUCCUGUACGUAUACGUACAGAAGCCAUCACACACAUUGGCACUUUUUUCAUGUUUCUAUAGAGUCAAACAGUUCUAGUUCCCCCUCCCCAUUUAUUUCUUCACCAGCAGCAGGGCUCAUUGUACUGUAAGAUCACAGCUUCACCAUGACAGUGUCAAGAGCAGCCUCAGCUCAUUUUUUUUUUUCCACAUUGCUACAGAGGAUGUAAAGCACUGAAGGGCUGCCAGUGUAUCAACUAAAUUUGCAUUGACAAACUUAUUUUGUAUUGUCAAAUAUUCUGUAUUAACCUUUUCUAUGGCGACAGGUGAUGGCUUGUGGGACUGUAUUUUAAUAAACUGCUGUAGAGAUUUGUUGAAAGUCAUAGGGAAAUCUGAGCAUAUUAUCUACUUGCAAACUCAAGAUUGCUUUUAUUGAAGGUAAAUGCAGUUACUUUAAUUACAGUUAUAAAUGCUAAAAGGUUCUUUGCUGAGCCUUUGCAAUUACCUCCAAUAUAAUAAUCAUGUUUGAGAGUAGAGUGCAGGGCAAAUGAGCAUGUAAGGAGUCAUUUUCACUUUUUUUGGCAAAUGAACAAUGUCACAAACCAAAGAGGGUACUCAUGACUACUACUUUUUUCUGAUGGCUGAUCUUUUCCUGUAUGCAGAUUCAUGAAGCAUAUGAAACUGUAAUUUGAAUGUUCUUAUUUUCUUAGCACUGAUUGACAUUGUUUCUUCAGCAUACAUUUCAAUUUACGCAAUUUCCCACACUUAGUCUCACAUGGGAGGAUAUACGUGCUGUUAUAUGCCAAAAUAUGUUUGACAUUGAGGAAACAAAAAUGUUCAUGGGACGAUAUAGCAUGGUUUAUUAUCUUUCUAAUACUGUAUGUGUAUUUUGUUUCAUGGUGGGGAUGAUUAGCUGGUGUUUUUAAUCAAGAGAAUGACUCUGCAAUGUUAUGAGAUUUCAAUCAUGUUGACUUAUUUGACUUUUUCUUUCUCUAUGUUGUUGGUCUGUACUUUCCCCUGAGGUGUUCAUAUUUUCACCGUACUGCUACGUCUGGUGCUCCGAGCUUUCUCUUUGGACACAGUCAGUCUGGAGGCUUGCUGUUGAAAGAUUUAGGUUGAAAUACUGCUAAAACGCUUUUCCUUGUGAUUAAACCCAGUUAAUUUUGUUAAAAGUACAACCUGAAUUCAAGUGGGACUUCAGACUUAAGUAGUACAAUGGGUCUGACCGAACAUUGUAACCCAGGUCAGUAUUGGUGGUGGUUUUACUUGCUAUCCUGCUGUCUUGCUAGAGCUCUUGUAUUCUCUCUGCUUAUGGCUGCCCCCCCC